AAAAAUUCCUAUGUUCCAGCUGAGAAGCGCUUUCCUUCAAACAUUCUCGUUGAUUUUGUCGUCUGUAAAUAUUAUUGUAGUGUAGUAACAUUAUUAAUUACAUUAUGAAUCAUUGAGUUUGAAUCAGUCGUAAUAGGUUAGUUUAAAGUGUGUGCUUCAUCAUCAGGUGUAUGUUUUUUCAAGGGAAGUUCAGUGUAUGUGCCUAGAAGAUAAGUGAGGUUAAACCAUUUUAACUAAUUUAAUAUAAUAAAGAGUGGAUUUUAUUAUCAUAACUUCAGCUGAAGUGCAAUGGCCUCAUCACAAGGAGACACUGAUACAUUUAGUGUUGAUAAUUUGCUGUUGGACAAUUCUCGAAAACAGGUAGGCCAACCAUGUUUAUUGGAUCAUAUGGAGAUCAACAUCACAGAAGCUGAAAAAAGAGCAAAUUCAGCAUUAAACAUUCGAGAAUACUAUACAGUCUACCUGAUUGAAACUAAGACGCUGAAUAAAGAAUGGCCAGCAGUUACUCGUUCACUAGGUCUUCUGUGGAGGAGAUACACAGAGUUCGAACAACUGAGAGCAUAUCUAGAGGUGACCUAUCCAUGGGCAAUUGUGCCUCCACUGCCAGAGAAACGUCCCCUCUACACUUGGCAAAACAUUCCUAAUGAUACCUUUGAUCCCGAUUUUGUUGACCGUCGAAGAGCCGGACUAGAGAAUUUCCUACACCGUAUUGCUGCACAUCCCAUCCUAUCAAAAGAUCAAAUAUUUCUUGGUUUUCUCCAGCAAGAAGAAGGGUGGAAGGAGACUGUCAAAAAGACAGGGUACCUGCAACAUGCAGAAACUAAACUUCGGGCACUCAGCAUCGGUGUCAGACUCAAGUCUGCUGAUCCAAGAUUUGAUGAUAUCAAGUCCUACGCAACUGGAUUGCAUGGUAACCUACACAACCUGUUGAGAAUCCGCGCCAAACUAGCAGCUAAGCUCUUCAGUAUAAACAAGUUACACCAGGGUUAUGGAAGAGUCUUCAGUGAAUGGAGUGUUGUUGAGAAGGAUAUGGGGGAUGGUCUACAGAAAUCUGGGCACUUCUUUGAUUCUAUAGCAGCCGGCAUUGGCACAAGCCUGGAGGAUGAAGAAUUGGUUAUUGAUCAGCUGAAAGAGUACCUGUUUUUCUCUGGAUCUCUUCAAGCCCUGUGUAGGCGACAAGAACUACUACAGUAUGAAUUGGAGCAGGCUCAAGAAAACAUCAAGAACAAGGAACAAGAGAAGAUAAGGGUUCAACAGGGCAGGUCGGGUCUGAUGUCCAGGCUGUUUGGGUCAGUUGAGACUGAGGAGGUCAGAGACAUGAAACUGAACCAGUUGGAGGCCAGGAUUCAAGUAGGGGAACAAGCAGUACAAGACUGCAAGCUAGCUUUAAGUGACUUCUCUCAUAAAGCACUUCAAGAGUUUGAUGGGUUUCAACAGAAGAAGGUGGUAGAUCUCCGAGACACUUUGGCUACCUAUAUGUCCUUGCAAAUAAAAAUGGCUAGAAAGGGUUUGCAGACUUGGACCCAUAUCAGAGAGUGUAUUGAGAACAUUCCAUAAACCAACAAUAGUAAUACAAAGAUAUCAUAUUAUACCAGUCUGUUUUUGUUCUAGUGAUACUUAAUAAAUUAUUGUCUGUGUUAGUUUUAGGUGUUAAUUUUGUUAUCUUUCCAGAAAUAAAAUGUCUAUUCGACUGAAUUUAUGUAUAUGCCAGUGUCACGAAGUAUUGUUUUUGUGUAUUAUCUUAUUCCAAGAAGAUUAUAUACCUUCAGUUUGUUGUAGUUGUAAUUAAUUAAAUAUGAAGUAUCGAAGUGCAAAAUAUAAAUUAAAAUCUUAAACAUAAUAAAUGUGAAAUGUUUGUUAUUUAGUUUUGAACUGUUUAGUCAUAGAAACUUACAGUAUUAACUUUGUUUAUUGCAAAUGUUUUACUGUAUUUUUCAUGUUAUCCAUUUUAUAUUUUUAAUAAAUGUGGUUUCUUGUUUAUUUAUGUAGAAUAUUUUUGUAAGUAAGUGUACAGAUAGAUAUGGAAACGCUGGACCAAUUUCAAGGUUGUUGUAACUUAAGUAAUUGAGCAAGAUUUCAAAAAGUAUAUUUUGAAUUUGUAAUACAUGUUUAGUGAGUAAGAAAUCAUGUGAAGGAAUUGAUAUACAAAAUAGUACAUUAUUUUCUAGUCAAACGUAAAAGUUACUAUGAAUGUUUUUGAAACAAACAUAAGAAUUAGCUAAUAUUGCAAACGGUGGCGUUUAUAAUAUGUUUUUAUCUAGUUAUAAUUUCAUAAAACCGCUAUCUUUACAUAAAUUAAUUUCAUACAAUUAAUAAUAACAGUUUUAGCCUAUAGGUGACUUGAGGGCUGUUUUUGGGACACAUGUUUUGGACCAGUAAGAGAA